AACGCGUGAGGAAAGAAAGACCUGAAAGAGUAGAGAGAAGAGAAGAAGCUUCGUCUAUUCUGAUCGAAGAAGACGACGAUCUCUCUCUUUCCGAUUCAAUUCAAUCUAUCCCUAACAGAAAGAAGAAGAUGAAGAGGGUGUUUGGAGUUAAGAAAGACAAGGAACCUCCUCCUUCAAUCAACGACGCCUCCGAUAGGAUUAAUAAAAGAGGUGAAACGGUUGAUGAGAAGAUCAAGAAACUAGAUGCUGAACUCAGCAGAUACAAGGAACAAAUUAAAAAAACAAGACCGGGCCCUGCUCAAGAGGCUGUUAAAGCUCGAGCCAUGAGGGUUUUGAAGCAGAAGCGAAUGUACGAAGGACAACGUGACAUGCUCUAUAAUCAGACUUUCAACCUUGAUCAAGUUGCUUUUGCUGCUGAGGGAAUAAAAGAUGCUCAACAAACUAUGUCAACUUUGAAAUCUGCGAACAAGGAGUUGAAAGGAAUGAUGAAAACAGUAAAGAUCCAAGACAUAGAUAACUUGCAAGAUGAAAUGAUGGACCUGAUGGAUGUGAGUAAUGAAAUCCAAGAGACCCUGGGUAGAAGCUAUAAUGUGCCUGAUGACAUUGAUGAGGAUGAACUCAUUGGUGAACUUGAUGCUCUGGAAGCUGACAUGGGGUUUGAAACAGAAGCUGAUGGGGUGCCCUCUUAUCUCCAACCAGAUAAGGAACCUGAUCUAGAUGCAGAGUUUAACUUGCCUUCAGCACCCACUGGGAAUGCUGCAAUGCCAGCUGGCAGAUCUAAUAACCAGGUUGAAGACGAGCUGGGUUUACCUGCUGUGCCUCGGGCAUCUCUUCGUGGUUAGGGAAUUUCUUCCUUUGUAACUCAUCCACUAUCGUCAUUUGACUCUACUGGCAGCCAAUCCUUCUUGUAAAGAUUUGUUUUGCAGAUUAUUUUUUUUUUUUGGUCUCUUUUGGUGGUGGGAUAUGAGAUGAACAUUAAUCUGGAUUUGGAAAGCCUGUGAAAAGAUAAAUGUGGUUGUUUGAUGAUGUGCACGUUAUCGCUAAUUACUCUAUUAUCAUGCA